AUGCAAAAACUAUUCCACUUUUCGUUCUCUGUAAUUUUCGUGAUUUUAUUGAAUUUCGUUCAGCCUUUUCUCGCGGAUUACGCUACAAUAAUCGUAGAUGGUCACGAAACUGCUGCUGGUGCUGACACAGAGUACAAAGAGCGUGCGCCUUAUCCAAAUUUAAAAGAUUUCUUUUCGUGCAACGGACAAGGAACCUGCGUUCCGAUGAUGGAAUGUGGCGAAAGGUAUGCACUUGAAGCGGCGAGAAGGUGUUAUAACGGCGAUAAAAAUGUCUUUUGUGGCGUGGAUUCGAGGGGAGAGCCAAUGGUUUGUUGCUCAAAAAAUCGAAGGGAUUUCGAGACGUGCGGGAAGACAUUGGUGCAAGGGAGAACGUACAGGGGACUUGGAUCGUAUCCGUUUGUGGUACGAGUUGGAUUUAGAAAUACCAUCAGUGGAAACAUGGCUUAUCCGUGCACCGGAUCAAUAUUGUCUCGCACGACAAUUCUAACGGCCGCGCAUUGCGCCCUUGCGAAAUCUGACGGUUUCAAGUUAUCGAGUGUACGUGUCGGUGAUUACGAUGCAACGACCGAUCCAGAUUGUUCGGAGUACAAUUUUUGUGCACCGCAAGCCAUCAAUCAUCGUAUUAGUUAUAUCAUCGUACAUCCGGAUUACGUGCCAGGCGAAUAUCAUCAUGAUAUCGCAUUGAUUGUGCUAAAGCAGCCGCUUAAUUAUUCGGUUGCUGCUCAGCCGAUUUGUUUGAGGGGCGACAAGACAAAUUUAAAUGUGGGACGACGUGCAAUGGUUGCAGGAUGGGGAAAAAUGGCUCAUCAAGUAGCACGUUCGAACAGAAUGGAACUUUUGGAAGUACCUCUAGCCUCGUGGGAUACUUGUCAACGCGUUUAUGCCCCAACUGGAGCUUUGAAAUCAUCAAAAAGCUUAGGUGACCAAUUAAUGUGCGUUGGCGGCGAAGGUCGCGACGUUUGUCAAGGAUUCGGCGGCUCUCCAUUAAUUAUCAAGGAAAAUGGCAUUUUUUGGCAGAUUGCGAUCCUUUCAUUCGGCUCCGAUGCAUGCGGCAUGCGAGGAACACCAAGCGUUUAUACCGGAAUUGCUCAUUUCAUUGAUUGGAUUCGCGAUAACACACCCGUAGAAUAGAGUUUCACCCGCAAAAAGUCAGCGCUCAGUAUUAAUCUACAUU